AUGUUGGUGAUGGAGCUGCUUCUGAGUAACGGCAGCGCUGUGCUGUCAGGGGGCGCUGUGGCCGAGUCCAAAGAUAGCUUCUCUAACGCGCUCUCCAAGAACAUCGUGGCCAUGCUGGUGUGGCUGGCCCUCAGUGUCAUCAACGGCAGCAUGGUGCACACCUUCCUCCGACACAGUCUCUUCUAUGAGAACCCGCGGUACAUCAUGUUCAUCUGCAUGGUGAUCAAUGACGCCCUGCAGCUCAGCCUGGUGACGGCGCUCUACGUGGUCAGUUACAUCUUCAGGAAGAUCCAAGCCUCAGUCUGCUGCAUUCUGAUCAUGAUGGCCGUCCUCACCACCCGCUCCACCCCGCUCAUCCUGGCCGGCAUGGCGGUGGAGCGCUUCAUCUCAAUCUGCUUCCCCUUCCACUACAGCCACAUGUGCACCGUCCCCCGCACCCUCCUCCUCAUCUGUGUCAUCCUCCUCCUCACCGCCACCCCGCCCAUCACCGACCUGCUCAUCACCAUCGUCCACAAGCCUCUAACCGUCUUCCACGGCACCAUUUUUUGCGACCACCCGCUUCUCUUUCGCCACCAGUCCAUCUACUAUAAGAACUGCGUGUUUGACGGCGUGUACCUGUCCUUCGUGGCUCUGACGCUGCUCUACACCUACUGUAAGAUCAUGCUGACAGCACAAGCUGCCUCUACGGGCCUGGCCUCGGUGAAGAGAGCAAGGAACACGGUGCUGCUUCACGGGCUGCAGCUGAUGCUGUGCAUGCUCGCCUUCGUGGUUCCUUCCCUUCAGGCUGCUCUCAUCUCUCUCUUCCCGCGCUUCAGUUUGGAGAUCCGUUACAUCUUCUUCCUGGUCGUCUACAUCAUCCCCCGUUUCAUGAGCCCCAUCAUCUACGGCUUCAGGGACGAGCAGUUCAGGAAGUACUGGACUCGGUACCUGGUCUGUCGGGGCCGAAGUGUCUCCAGGUGGACGAGCUGCGGCAUGAACUCAACCGGACGUUUGCCCAACUGGAACGGCUCUUUAUCAAAGAACUUUGUCGCCUUCGCUCUCUGCGUCAUCAUCAACUGCAUCAAUGGAGCUUUUGUCUACCUCUACGCAAAGAGCCAGGUCUUCCAGCGAGACCCCAGGUAUGUGCUGUACAUCCAUCUGGUGAUAAACGACAUGAUUCUUUUGACCGUUUCUGUGGCGCUGCAAAUCACGAGCAGCAUCAUUCGCCCGGAAUUUGGCCCCUGCUGCAUCAUGCUGAUCAUCUUAGUCACAACUAACAAGUAG